AUGCCAGUGCAACAGACGAAGCACCAGACGAAUCAUCGGCACGUGUCAAAAGCCGUCGUUGAUCGAGAAACAUCGUCGUCUCUAGCAUCCGUAUCUUCAUCGAAUCGUUCUUCUAUAGUUUCUACAAGUCAUCGACGUGAUUUACUCGACGGGUCGAGCCAAGAAGUCUCACGGACGACACUUAUGGAGAAAUUACGAAAGCGUGGACGUGUUGAAAGCGCAAAUUGCGAGCCACGUGCAUGGUUGAAUCAUGAAGAAAGAGACAGAGCAGAGGAUAAGACAUGCUUCGAGUUGAAUAGCCUUUUUUCAAGCACUAUAGAGACUUCUGGAAGAGAUCAAGUGGUGUAUCCUACGACGUUUUCAAGACAGAAAAAGACAUUAAAGAGACCACAAUCAGCUCCUAAUUUGAUGAAAAAGGCGGAUGAUGAAGUGAUUGCUCGGAUCUUUCCAGAUAUUUGUCCACGUGCACUUCGUAUUGCAGAAGUCAAGUCAUGGAAGUGUCUAUGGAUGGACAAAACGUACCCGAUUUUGGAAGAGAUUGCGACACUUUCAGUGGUAGUGCAACCUACACAAGAGGAAGAACAAUGUUUGCCAGCUAUUAAGGAUGAAGAGUCGACUAUUUUGAUGCUGUCGCCAUCUACGGAUGCACAUACAUGUCUAGUCACAAAGGCGCUGGACAAUGAAAUUGAAUUAUUGACCGACCACUUAUCGCUUGAAGAAAAAGAACCACAGGUACCACUGGUGCCACAAAUGACCGAGAGGACAGUAUUGGUUGGAACGCCGUCUCCAGUAGCUACCCCACGUAGUCGUGCACCAUUGUGGAAAGCUGUCAAACCCGUGAAAAAAGGAGUCUCCGGUAAUCACGUUAGCAAGCGUCCGCAAUUACGACUCAAACUUGAAGAUAUGCCUACACCUCAGCAAGCGGAAGAGAGGGCCCAGCGAGCUGCAACUCGACUCAUUGCAAAGCGAGAUGCAAUGGAGGCGGCGGCGAUUACAGCUGCAGCUUCUUCGGGAUCAAGUACCCCUGCGAAUGGUCCUAGUGCUGCACAACAGGCGAUGAUGAGAUUGAAUCUGAGUUCAGAAUCCGAUUCAGGCCUUCAAUCUCCAAACGACAACGAGCGGCAUAGUACAGGAAGUGCUUAUUCUCCUAAUCACGGCAUGUUUACCACCAGAAGCGUUGCAGUAUCAGAGGCAGGUAUCUCAUCACCUGACGCUGCAUGUCUGCACCUGCAAGAAAACCUUGAGCGCGUAAAAGAGGUCGGUCGUGGGGCUUCUGGUGUGGUUUAUAAGGCUAUCCACAUACCAACACUAAAAGUAGUUGCCGUCAAGGAUGUACCCGUUUACGGCCGCGGUCAGCGGCGGCAAAUGGUUCGUGAGCUUCAUGCGCUUUAUUCAAAUCUUGUGCCGAUGGCGGAUAAUAAUAGCCCGAUGCCUCAACACCCUCCAGCUGGAAGAAGCACCGGCAAACCCACAGCAAAACCCAGUCCUUACAUUGUGUCCUUCUAUGACGCAUUUGUCGAUCGUCCCAAAAACUCCAUUUGCAUGGUCAUGGAGUAUAUGAGUACGGGAUCGCUACAGGAUAUUGUUUUGCGCGGUGGAUGCCAAAAUGAAAAGGUUUUGGCACGGCUAGCAACAGGUGUAUUGUACGGCUUAUCUCAUAUCCACAACAAACGAAUGGUACAUCGCGAUAUCAAGCCGCACAACUUGCUCACGAAUCGACAAGGGGAUGUCAAGAUUUCGGAUUUUGGCUUAGCACGGACCUUGAAUGAUAGUUCCACCACUACAAAGACGUUUGUGGGUACUCUUCUGUACAUGGCCCCUGAACGAAUAGGUGGUGGCGAUUAUUCGUAUCCAGCUGAUGUUUGGUCCUUUGGACUUGCUAUGAUAUCUGUUGCCUUGGGCCGCUACCCUCUUCCAACACAGGAUGGGUUUUUUGGUCUAGUCGACUCCGUUGCAAAUAAGCAAUGUCUUAAAAUGCCUGUUGACAUGUAUUCCGAAGAGUGUUGCUCGUUCGUCGAUCAGUGCCUUACACUUGACCCAGAAGAGCGGCCUACGGCAGAUGCACUGCUUCAGCAUCCUUUCAUAUACAAAUACACCGAUGAAGAAACUCUGGCAGAAUGGACAUCGUUCAUCGAUAGAAUACAUCUCUGUAAAGAACGUGACAGUGAGCUGGAAUCACUCGGCGACGCAGUCUAUCGACACAUGUAUGAGCACUCGGUGAAAUUCUCACAUAUGCCGCAGUCGGAACACGGGAUAUCAUUUGUUUCACAAGCGACGCCAAUGUUUUCUCGACGACGAAUAUCUCUUCAGCCAGUUCAAAUGAGCUUACAGCUUGGGCUGGCUAACUACCUGGACAUGCCUGUACAUUUUGUUUAUGAGAAAUUUGAAGAGAAACGUUGCUAUUACAAUGACAAAUUAUUGGAAGACUAUUGCUACUCUCCACAGAGUUGGACGGCUUCACCUGGAAUUUCACGACGUCAGCAAUUUGGUAUCGGCACUGACAGUCCACAACGCACACCACGCGAGAAGGGUUCAUUCUGGCGAAAGCUGCAGGAGAGCAUGGCUAAACUUGGAAAUAGCAAACGGAAAAAGGAGCGGCAAAGACGCCUCAAUUCUGAUGCAUUAUAG